UUAGGCAAAAGCACUUAAGGAUACUUGUUAGAGAAUGUGGGCCUUCUUGGUUCUCACUUUUGCCCUCGCUGUUAAAGCAUCAGACACCAACAACGACACAGCAGUUGAAGAGGAGCUUGAUAUCGCCAGAGGUAAACUGUUGGCUCCCAGUGUGGUCGGAUGAGGUAUAAAGAAAAUGCCCGAGCUCCAUCUUUUUCUAAUGGAGCGCUGGGCAUUAUACCACAACUUGGAAUAUGAUUCAUCGGAGGAGAAGGACCCACGUCUGAUAUUCUAUAACGAAAAGGACGAGGUUGUAAAGACGGUUCCCGUGAAGAAAAUGAAGGCCGAGGAGAUCAGCAGCCUGUUGGACUCACUGGGCUUCUACAAGAGGUCCCAGAAAGGGGAAGAGGUGCCAGAGGAGUUCCAGCAUUUCCCCCUGAGCACCCCCAGGGACGAGCUGUGACGACACCUUGUGGCCGAACUCUGCCGCUGCACCCGCGGUCACAUUAAUGACGAGUGGGGCCCCAAGGCCAAAACGAUAGGCCAGGCACCACUCUGAGGACUCGCUGGCUUGGUGCGGCGUGCACUGUGUUAGUCAAUGCUGUGUCACUGUUUAUAUGCUUUCAAAUUAAA